UUUCCUCGUAAGCUUAUCACUAGAGAUUUCAAAGACGAAUGGGAAAGCAACCUUUGACAAGUACGAUAUUUCUCUAUAUAUAAGAGAUGUCCGUCCAUCUUUCCUUCCAUUCCAAACAUCAAACUCCCUAGCUAGCUUCUUGGUUUCCUUUCCUUUCUCCAAAUAUGGAGUCUCCUAUCAUUCUCAACUUUACAACUUGUCUGAUCUCUUGCUUGUGCAUGCUUUUAUUGUAUGCUUCCACACUGAACCCUGUUUUUGCUUUGAAAAACUGUGACUUUCCGGCAAUCUUCAACUUCGGAGACUCAAAUUCUGAUACCGGUGGAUUAUCUGCUACCCUUAUAACACCGACGCCGCCUUAUGGGGAGACCUGUUUUCACAUGCCCGCCGGAAGGUUCUCAGAUGGCCGGCUCAUGAUCGAUUUCAUGGCAAAGAGUGUCGGUCUCCCGUAUUUGAGCGCAUAUCUUGACUCCUAGGGGACCAACUUCAAGCACAUCGCAAAUUUCGCCA